AUGACCCUAAUCCAGGACGGCGCGACCGUUACUCCCGCAGACCAACCGCGCCGUUCCUCGCCGUUCUCCUCUAGUAUUAAUUCCAUUUCUAAAGAUGAGCUGUACUCGGCUACAAAGACAUCAAGUGGGGACUCCGUUCGUGUAGAUGACGGUUUACAGGAUCCUAUUGACGAGAAACCCCGCUUUAUGGACGUUAUUUUCCGUCGCAAGCAUCUCCAGCCUGCGGACCUCGGUAGUAUUGCGACGCGCCGAAGUGUAUUUGAUGAUCCGGUUCUGGCGAAGCAUUACUGGCCGACAGAGAAAUACGAAAACUUGCAUCGAUUUGAUCCUGAUGCGCGUUGGACUUUUGCUGAAGAACGUGCAGUUGUCAGAAAGAUCGACUGGAGAGUCAUGCUUUGGGCUGCAAUCAACCUACGCAUGACCACAAAUGACUAUAAUUUGGGGAAUUCGCUAUUCAGGCUCUCCUUCCUAGCUGCGGAGUUACCCUCUCAACUUGUUUCCAAACGCCUUGGCCCUGAUCGCUGGAUUCCAAUGCAGAUGUGCAUGUGGUCUAUCGUCACCAUGGGUCAAUUCUUCUUGACAGGGAGAGCAAGCUUUCUCGCCUGCCGGGCGCUUCUUGGAUUCAUUCAAGGCGGAUUUAUCCCGGACUUGAUUCUUUACCUCUCUUAUUACUACACUAAGACAGAACUCCCAAUCCGACUUUCACUGUUCUGGAUGUCAUCAAAUCUCUGCUCGAUAGCUGCAAGUUUCCUUGCCUAUGGUGUUCUGCACUUGCGUGGACACCUUGGGAAAGCAGGUUGGCGAUGGCUGUUCCUGGUCGAGGGUUCGAUCACACUUGCCAUUGCCAUAAGCACCUUUUUCAUGAUGCCACCUUCGCCAACGCAGAGCCGCACGUGGUUUCGUCCGAAUGGCUGGUUUACCGAGCGAGAGGAAACAAUUAUCGUUUCACGUAUCCUACGAGACGACCCGACAAAAGGUGACAUGCAUAAUCGAGAGGGUCUGUCGCUUAAACGCCUCUGGAUGGCCGUUUGUGACUAUGAUCUAUGGCCGGUGUACAUCCUUGGACUGACGUUCGGCAUUCCAGUAGCGCCACCUAAUGCAUAUCUCACGCUCUCUCUGCGGAACCUAGGGUUCGGCACGUUUGAGACCAAUCUGCUAGUGAUUCCCUCAACAGUGCUUGGCUUGAUUAGCAUGUUUCUUGUUACACUCCUCUCUGAGGCAGUAAAUGACCGUGCGCGUGUCUCAAUGCUGGAGGACCUUUGGGCUUUACCAUUCCUUAUCGCGAUAUAUUGUCUUCCUGAGAAUCCAAGUCCUUGGUUAUUCUACGGCCUAGCAACAGCGCUCCUAGCCUAUCCAUAUACACAUCCAAUCCAAGUUGGCUGGUGUUCACGUAACAGCGGCGCAGUUGCCAGCCGAACUGUCAAUGCCUCACUCUACAACAUGUUCGUUCAGGCAUCAGCAAUCAUCUCAGCCAAUAUCUAUCGCGCUGAUGACGCACCACGGUACCAUCGAGGUAAUCGUAUAUUGAUCACCAUUAGUGCAGUGAAUCUGUGCGUUCUGUAUCCCGGCACGAAGUUGUAUUAUAUGUGGAGGAAUAGACAGAGGGAGAGGGUGUGGGAUAAGAUGACGCCUAAAGAGCAGUCGCAUUAUUUGGCAAUGACGAAGGAUGUUGGAAAUCGGAGGUUGGAUUUCAGGUUUGCACAUUGA